AUGUCCACCCCGGUCCUGCGGCUCGGCAUCCUGGGCGCCACCAACGUCGUCCAAUCCACUUACCUCCCCAUCCUCUCCUCGCUCACGACCUAUUUCACUCUCACCACCAUCUAUCAUACUGAUCGUGACCUUGCAGCUCACUGCCAAAAGCAGUUUAACAUCCCUCAUUCCACCACGUCCCCCGAUGACCUCAUCCACCAUCCUGAGGUCGAGCUUGUUCUUAACCUCCUUCCCUUCGACUGUCAUGAGCAGUAUACUCUCGCCACCCUCGAGGCUGGCAAGCAUGUUAUGGUAGAUGUGCCCCUUGCCCUGAACAUCCGCAGUCUACGGCGUAUCCGCGAUGCUCGCAAAAAGGGCGCCGCCACCCACAGCACCACGCCAAAGGUCUUUGUCGGAUGCCCGCGUCGCUAUGCGCCUUGCUUCACCGACGUCUUCAAGAAAGAACUCGCCUCCCUGGGCCGAAUUUACUACGCACGUUGCCGCAACAUCACAGGGCCGACACUGUCACCCGCAAAUACUGAUCUUGCCCGCCGUGACCCUUCCAACGGGCUUAACGUUCCCACUACCUCCCUGCGCGCCUUCCUCGCCGACACAUUCGGGGCCGACGAGGACAUGAGCGCCGACCGUGCCGCGUUCUGUCAUUUUCUCGGCACCAUGGGCUGCCACGAUCUGUCCCUGAUGCGCGAGUCGCUGGGCCACCCGGAUGCCGUAUCUAACAUCUCCAUUAUGGAGCCCUUCUUCGCGGCUAUGUUUCACUACACGGACGGCUCUCCGGACAACGGGCACCCCUUCACACUCGUCUACGAGGCCGGUAUUGACGCUGUGCCCCGCUGCGACGCCCAUCUCACCAUCUACGCCGAGCGCAAGUCCCUCAGUGUGCAGUACGACUUCCCGAGCCCCGGACUCGCCGGCGGCCCAGAACCAACGGUGCGCGUGGUCAUCGAAGAACCGGAGCCACAGCCGGCAGGCCUCGCGGUGGGCGUGGAUGUGACGGAAAACGGGCACGGCGUCGCCAACGGUUCUGGAAAGAGCACGGCCCGGGCGUGCGUCCAGCGGCGGGAGUUCGUAAGCACCGCGACAGAAGCAUACGCGCAGGAGUUCCGGGCGAUGCAUGCGUAUCUGGUCGGCGGGGAGACCGACGCAGGUACCAAUGAAGCGAAGACGACGACAGAUGAUGUGCUGGAUGAUCUGAAACUGCUACAUAUGAUCUUCGAGCACUAUGACCGGCAGUGCGGCACGAUACGUACCCCGCUGGGCUAA